AUGCCGUCUAAUAGAGCAGCGAUGCACAACUCCGAUGCCAAUGCUAGCAGAAGCGACAGCAGCGAGGAGGCAACCCUGGAGGGUGUGAUGGAGAAGAUCAACCGCCACUUGAGGGACCACCACGCCAGGACUAGCGACGAGUGCCAGGCCAUCAUGAGGGCCGUCGAGAGGAACUUGGAGGGUCUGGUUGAUGAGCACUUCAGCGUCGAUGCUGAGCCAUCCAGGGUAUCGGAGAUGCUGCUUUUCCAUGUCAUGUUUUCUGGCCAGUCGUACCUCGAAUGCGAACACGCGCAGCUGGUCUUCGGCGAAGGUGGAGCGCGGGCGGUGUCUUUCCCGGUUAGAAAGCUGUGCGCGUUGCUACCACUGCCGCGGUUCGCCGGCCUUCAGCCCCGCCUCGUGCAGCACGUCGGCCUGUUGGCGUCGCUCUGGCUUCCGCGUGACGCCGCCUCCCUUGUGGGUUUUUUCCAGGACUCUGUUGAGCUGCUCCAGGACGCGAGUGGUGUGUUUCGCUCGUCUGGGGAGGGGCCUCGGACAGGGCCCUCUGGACAUCGAGCUUUCUUCGAGAGAACACUUCUCUCUCUUCCGGGUGCCCAUGCAUACUCCCAACUGUGGUCCCUGUUAGGACGACAACUCGACAGGGAACUUCGACCGGACACGCAGGAUUUGCUCCAGGUAUCACUCAAGGCUCUGUCGGUACUCCUCGAAAAUCCCCCUCCCGUGGGAGCAAUGCCUCAGCUGGGCAUCAGCUGCGUUCGUCUUGCGGGGCGUGCGCUGUGUCCGCCUCUCGGUGCCGAUGGAAGCGAAGCAAUGGAUGUGGGGGGUGCUAGCGAAAGGAAGUACCCAGCAAUGGCGCUUGAGCACUUGGCGGCCAUCCAGGACCUGGCCGCGAGGUGUAUCCGGCUAGUAUUGCCGGGGUCGUACCGGCAAUACGAAAGCAAGCCGCAGCGGAAGAAGAAACGAAAAGCAACUCGUACCGCAACCAGCGGCGCAAGAAGAGUGAGAGUAGCUUUUGCCGGAGGGUUGCGCAGACCACGGCGGCGGCAGCGGCUUCCAUCGACGAAGAAGACCGCCCCCGCUACCAAAUCUUUUGCCCCGAAAGCAGGUGGGGCAGGAGCAGAAGCAGCAGUAGCCGCUACGGCGUGUUUGACGGCUCUGUCUGCCACAUUGCCGUGCAUCAGGCGGUGGUGGGCCAGUUGCCAAGGCUCUGUCGACGAGGUCAACGGAGCAGCGCGGAUGAACACCUCAGAAGCGGUGGCCCUGGCGAGAGCCAUCGCGGCGGCCUAUGCUUCCGCGGUGGAGAUUGCCGGCCAGCACGCGUCCGCUGGAAAGGUGUCUGCGAUAGUGGCCGGUGCCUCGGGGAAGGCGACGGCGAAACACAAAACGCCGCGAAAGAGGAGCGGUUCCGAGACCCCGCGAGGUUGGGACGCAGGGACGCCCAGGUUUGGGGCUGGACUCACUACUCCACGCCCUGCAGCCGCACGGCGACCCGUCGCCAGUUCCACCGCGCCUCCGCCCGUGCCAAGGCGAUUUGCGGCGGCAGUGUCGGCGCUCGUGGGCGUGCCAUGUGUCCAGCCGGAGCUCGUGCGCGCUCUUCGGGUGGUUCUGAAGCGAUUUCCGCAAGCUCCCAUUGCGGUGCUUCGGCGAGCGGGGCCGGCGGAUCAAGAGCUCGCACGGGGUGAUCCAAAUCGAGCAGUGAGCGCGCAGGGAGGGGGGGGAAGAGGAGGAGGAAGAGGAGGACGAGGAGCCACAGCGGGGGAAAUGGCACCCCCACCUCCACGACCGCCGUCGGCAAAGAAGAAGGGUAGGGUGACCCUCGAGGCUGAAGGACUGAGAGCCGCGGCGGCCGGCGGCCACAGCGGAGCAAGAAGAAACCGUGGUGGGUCAUUGGUGCCAGAAAGUGCCGUAAGAGGAGGAGGACGAGCUUCGUUCGCCAGAGCAGAAGGGUUGUCGAAGACGGGGAGGAGGAAGACGACACUGCUUGCGGGGAGAUCAGGGCAGGCGUUACCUUUGCCGUUUUCGGGGGAUUCUUCGGUGCGUGAGGCCAUUGACGCGGUGCUCGCCCGCGCCAGAGUGGCCGUCGAGUUUUUCGAGGCCGAUCGAACGGCGGCGCGGGAGACAAGUUCUGGUGAUGGCAAAGGCGACGGCGGGGGCAGUGGCGGAGUUGACAGACCUGCUGCCGUCGCCGUUGUUCAACCCGGGGAGGUGACUGGCAGCUCGGCUGGACGCCUGCACCUUCUUCUCCAUCACACGGCGGGGGUCACGUGCGCCCUCCGCAUACUGGCACCUUAUGCACGGGCCGCACGAGUCAAGGCUCGCACGAACGGUGCGGACAAGGCCGGGAAGAAGUUAGAGUUCGGGGUGCGGGGGCAGAAACGCGGAUCGUCAACGCCGCGCGUCGCGAGCACAAGGAAACGAAGCCCCGGCACCCGAAAAAGAAGCAGGGCGGGUGACCGGGGGUGGCCAAGUCUCAUUGACCAACUGGCCGGGGCCUUCGGUGCGGCGUUGCGGACGGUCUCACGAUACCAGGAGAGCAGAGAGUCCGGGGCAUCAGCGCCCCGCGCGGUCGCUGGACUGUGGGACAUGCUCGUGAGCUGCGCGGCCGACGUUCCCACUCCCUUCAUUGUUCGUCGUCCGUCAGGGGGGAGCAACGAGGCCGGUACCGGCGGCCGGGCUGCUGGGAGUCGAGGCGAGCUGCCAUCGUCUCGUCUGGGGACCACCAUUAGGUCCGUGGCGGAAAAGGCCCUGGAAUUCGUCCUUGCCCCUGGCUGGGGCUAUGCAAACGAGGCUCUGGAGGGGUUGGCGUUGACGGGCACCGCUCUUGGACCGGCGGAAGCACCCGCUCCGUUCCCGCUCAAGUGUUUCCUGCUGGCCACUGCGCUUUCAGAAGGAUCGGGUGCGGGCGACGACGCUAAUGACUUCGGUGCCGCAGGAGUUGGUGGUACCAGACUACGCCAGCGGAGUUCAAGAGGUGAAGAUGAUAAUGACGAAGGGCGCCCAAAUAAAAAACGCGCUCGGGGAGACGAUCGUCGUGGUAGCCUAGGCGCCGGUGACAGUGGCAGAUUUAACCAUACGGGCGGAGGUGGGGCUGUGGACAACCACGAAGGUGGUGACGACUUCGUUUUCGACGUCGAAGAGACUUUCUUGGCUGUUCUUCGGCAUGACGGCAGUGCGCUCGUGACGCAGUGCUCUGUAGCCGUGUUGCCGUCUUUAUCGCUUUGCGGCACCAAGCAGGGCGAGUGUUUAAGCAACGUUAGCAGCAGCAGUGUUGGGCGCUUCACUGAGCACGCAGCGACAUGCAACUGGAAGACGCGGUGGCUCCCAGCGCUUCUAGAACUCUGCGAAAACGGUGGCCAGGGCGGCUCUGAAGAAAUCAGGCUAGAGGUCGCCUCGGGACUUCUCCGUCUAGGAGCUUCGCUCGACAGAACCGCAAGAAACGCAGGUUUUGCCACCACGGCGACCGCUACCGCGACCGCUGCCGCUGUACUGCGGCGACUACAGCGCCCAAGACACCACCCCUCACGGGGCGGACUCCCUCUCGGGGCGAUGCUAGGCAAACGGGUACCGGUAGGACCGAACGUCUUCGUGGACAUGCUACCCCUGUGGCCGGCGCUACUGAAAGACGAGUCGGUCGCCGUGCGGGCGGCGGCCGCGCGCGCGGUGCUUGCGGCGGCAGCGGUGGCGCCUCUGUCGCGGCUGAGGGCGGCCGGUCGUGCGGGGGCGGCCGUGCUCCGGCUUCUGACGAACAUGCUCUCGUGUGGAGAUCCCGAGGUUUCCUGGGUGGUGGCGGGCGGCGCGGGGCUGUUCGUGGCCGAGGGCGGCAAGAUGCUGCGCGCGAUGUAUCACUACGACUCCGUGGAUGCCGCAGCGCAGGGAGCGCGAGUUGAGGAGAUGGACGUGGAGGAGGAGGAAGAAGAGGAAACAUGCGAUGCGCAGGAAGAAGAGGAGCGAGAGGCUCGUUCCAGGGAGAAGGCGCUCUCGAGGUUCAUCGAAACGAUUGGAAAGAUGCUCCAGGAGCAUGGGGACGGGCUCCGUCUCGGCCGCUGGCAGUCGCUGCACGAGUUCACCGCGCUGCUCAGGGCGUUGGGAUCGAUUGGAUGCGAGAGCGACCCUUCCGACGACCUGGGCCGGACCGUCUACCUGUGGACUCUGAUACGUCUGGUUGACGUCUGGGUGGACGAGGGCAAUGAGUGCGCCCCGGCCGCCCACGAGCAGAUCGUGCGUGUGUGCAACCACGGCAAGGCGCCCUUGCCCCACCUCCUGCGGCUGCCGCCUGUCUCGGCCUCGUAUCUCGGCGGGAGCGGCGACAGGCAGCGGGACCGGGGAGCGCGGGCGUCAAGGGCGGGAGCGCGUGGUAGGGCUCCGCGGCUGGGCGGCAGACGGGGAAGGUUGGCGCCGCUUGGUGUGGUGGGACUUGAGAUGGACAGCGGGAGCAUCUUGGCUCCGUUGAUCGAGAAGCUCAUGGAAACGGGCCACGUGGAAGAGUUUGUUGAGCAGGCGCUUGGAAGCCGCAACUUUCGUGCCUUCUUGGAGGACAGCGUCGCCCACGUGCUCCCCAUCUUCGUUGCUGGGAGCAAGGCUGCCGCCGUGGAGCAACUGGCUGCGCUGUGCGACCAAUUCGAGGUGGGGGAUGCGCGAGGGAAGGACCCCCCGCAGCGGCUGCUGAACCGGCACCUCCCUCACGUGCUGACGGACGUGCUUAUGAGAGGCCGCUCAGCUUGGACUGACGAGAAGUCCAGCCCCGGCCUUCAGUUCUUGCUCAAGUACUUCCCGGAAAGCACCCCGAAGCGGCUCAUCGAGGGCGUCCUUCCACAGAUCCUGGAGCAGGUCUCGUGGCAGCUGUGCGGUCCCCGGAGAGAGGAGGCGACCGUGGCGCUGCAAGCGGUGGCACACAUAUCCUACCACACGCUGUGA